AUAUGAGUGUCCCUUGUGAUGCCUCUCAGGGGCAUAUUGGCCCUCUCUCUCUCUCUUACUCCCUUCCUCUCCCUCUCCCUCUCUCUCUCUCUCUCUUCCUGUCUCUCUCGCGCAAGCGGGGCGCGCGGCGCCGCGCCCCGGCCGCCCUCCCGGGCACCGCCAACGCAGCCAUGCCGCCCGUGCUCCUGCCGCCGGUGGCGCCGCGGAGGGCCCCGUGAAAGGUGCAGCCAGGCGUCUCCCCGCGAUGAGAGCGGCGGCGGUGGGCGCGGUGCUGGGGCUGCUGGCCGCGUGGCCGCCGCUCGGGGCGUCCGCCGCCACCGCUCGGCUGCAGGCCUCCGCCCGGCAGCCGGCGUACGACGAGGCCGACCCGCCGGGCGAGCCCGGAGCCGCGUCGCCGGGCGACAUCAGCGGCGUCCCAGAGCUGGAGGACGUGCUGCGCGGCGUGGGCAUGCACGAGCUGUACGAGGACACGGUUGCGUCGGCGAGCCAGGUCAUGGAGGUCGUGGAGUACGUCGCGGGCGACGUGAAGAAUGUAGCGUCCAGCGCGCUGAAGACGGCGCAGGGUACGGCAAAGUCGGCGGCUGGCGAGGUCGGAAAGAGCAUCCUGACCGACACGCUCGCCAAGGCGGCCGCGAACACGGGGGCCUACAUAGGCUCGAGUGACACGCCGGAGUCUGCGCAGAACCUGGCGACGCACGGGUUCCUGCGCCCCACUGCCAAGCCGCACCCCACCGGCGGGCUUUUCUGCAAGGGGAUCUCCUGCGGAUCGGCACAGCAUCACCAGGUGGCGUCGGGCGGUGCUGGCGCUGGGGCCGCCGCCGACCAGCUGCCUGACCAGGAGAUGUGCCGCGGCCUCGCCUGCGUGGGCAUGCCGCUCUCGCCGAGUUCGGCGCGCCGGUGGCCCCGCUGACUGGACGCCGGGGGCCGCGCUCCGGUCCCAGUGGGAUGGUCGUCGCCACGGCGCGACGCUGGCUGCUAGUGCACGGAGUGGGGGGGGGGAUGCGAGAGA